UGAACAUUCAUUCAGUCGGAGAAUAUCGAACGGUUGGGUGAAGUGGAUUCUCGCGAAAUUCGGUCGGGAUACUUUGUGAAUUGGAAUGUUAUGUUGAGUUUCGUAAAUUUUUGUGUUUUCUGUCGAAUUUGGCUGAACGAUGUAAAGUUUCCCCUAGAACUUUGUGUUACUUCUCAGCUAAGGACUUUCAUGAUUUUGGAUGAUUCAAAAUAGAAUAGUUUUGAACUAUGGAAAAGGUGGUGAAUUAGUUUAGAAGUGAAAUUAUUGUCGAUGUCAGCUUGAAGUGCGCCACUAGCUUAGUUUGUGUAGAAAAUCGUAUAAGUUUUACAAUAAAAUUCGGUCUAGAACGAGUGACUAAAAACUGUGUCAGCGAGUGUAAAAUUCCAGGAAGCGCAACAUGACAAAGUACAACGGAAAAAAUGUCCUUGCGAACGUCCAAAAAUCAUCAUUCAAAUCGGAUUACCAUUUACAUCAACAGCAGGUUGCCGAGCUUUACCGACGGUUUGAUCACCAAUUUGAUGUGAAUAGCAUGAGUCCUGAUAACAAGAAUAACUUAGCCCAGUCGCCACUUUUAACGGAUUACGACGACACUAGCAUGAGUUCGGAGGAGCAUGUAUUGGCUCCUCUGAGUUGUUCGGCAGGUCAAACGAGACCCUGUUUAACGUGGGCAUGUAAGGCAUGUAAGAAAAAGAGUGUCGCAAUCGAUAGGAGAAAAGCAGCUACGUUACGUGAAAGGAGAAGACUGAGAAAGGUGAAUGAAGCAUUCGAGCUGCUGAAGCGACGAUCCAGUUCAAACCCCAAUCAAAGACUUCCCAAAGUUGAAAUAUUAAGAAAUGCUAUCGAAUAUAUUGAAAGUCUGGAGGACCUACUACAGGAGUCAUCGCCUACAAGGAAUAUAGGGAGCAAUACGACAGAUACCAUCAACUCGAGAACGCGAUCACAAGACUAUUUGAGUUCAUAUGCCGGAUGUUAUUUAAGGGAGAAAUUGCAACAGUUUACAAAAGACACCGACAGAUACACACCGAUAUCAGAUUACAGCAGUCCGUCCCCCACGCUGAACGGUUCAAGCCUCGAAUGUUUAAAUUUAAUAGUACAAAGUAUCAACAGUACACCGCCGUCAAUGGACGUAAAUAAUUUUCAACAAAUAUCAACAAUGCAGCAGAAAUGUGGACCACAAGUGCAAUAAGAGUCGUCACAGGAUGACACUCGGAAAGCACUCAUUCACGCGUGCCAUCGCUUUAAAUCUAAUUUUGAACAUAAUUUAUUGUUAAUAAUUAAAAUUUUAGCGUAGAUUUUCACUUAUAUGCAUAAAUGUAAUUAUUUUUAGAUGUCUAUAACGUAGCGAGACAAUAAUAAAUAAUCAUAAAGUCUGAUCAUAAUUAUCAUAUAAAAAUGCUCGGGAUACAAAGUUAUACUUUUAAAAUAGAGCGUUACAGGCUCAUAUACGUACAUACAAAUAUAGAUAUCUCUUGUAACAAUCCUCAUAGCUUGCGUAAAGGCAUUAGGUCGUAAAAAGAUGCUGGGAAGCUAAGAACGAUUAGUACUUAAGCGUUAAGCCAAGGUGUAAAAAUAAAAUCAUACAUGAAAUUUGUUUUUGUUGGGAUUAGAAGCAUGGUUGCGGCAAUCCUCUUGCCAUGGUGGUCGCCAUCAAUAGGACGCGGGCCUGGAAAAAAAUAAAUAUUCCAAGCGACAUUUCAAGUCGGAUGAGGCU